CGCGCUAGUCUGGCGGGCGAUCUGGUUCCGACCUUAGUGCAUGUGGGGCGGGGGGUGGGGGGCGAGCCCGCUGCCGCGCGAAACGGAACAAAACAAUAAAGUGUGUAUAGGGGAAUGAGGUCUUUAUUUUGCAUGAACAUUUGCACUGAUCAGGUAUUGGCCGUCGCCUGAAGAUAAUUGCGUUAAGAGGGUUGAUGAUCCGGCAGGUACAGGAAUUUCCAAUAGACAGAAGAAUGUGGAAGACCCAAGAGUUUACUUAGAUCAGAUGCACUGCGUACCGCUUGUCAGGUGCUGGUGAUUGGACCUAUGGCCUUCCACUGCUAGAACCAGAGUAAGGGUAGCAAGGACCACUUGGCAACAAUGUCAGCGGAAAUAGAGGCUUCUGAAGGGGUAGAUGAUUCGGAGAGAAAGAACCCUGUGCCCCAAGAAAAGGAAAACCAUAUUAGAAUGCCUGACCUCUCCGAGCUCCUGAAGGAAGGGACCAAGGAAGCACAUGACCGGGCAGAAAACACCCAGUUUGUGAAGGACUUCUUGAAAGGCAACAUUAAGAAGGAGCUAUUUAAGCUGGCCACAACUGCACUUUACUUCACAUAUUCAGCUCUUGAGGAGGAAAUGGACCACAACAGGGACCACCCAGCCUUCGCCCCCUUGUACUUCCCCAUGGAACUGCACCGUAAGGAAGCACUGACAAAAGACAUGGAAUAUUUCUUUGGUGAAAACUGGGAGGAGCAGGUGAUGUGCUCUGAGGCUACCCAGAAUUAUGUGGAGCGGAUCCACUAUGUGGGGCAAAAUGAGCCAGAGUUGCUUGUGGCCCAUGCGUAUACCCGCUAUAUGGGGGACCUUUCAGGAGGACAGGUGCUGAAAAAAGUGGCCCAGCGGGCCCUGAAGCUCCCCAGCACAGGAGAAGGGACACAGUUCUACCAUUUUGAGAAUGUGGACAAUGCCCAGCAGUUCAAACAGUUCUACCGGGCUAGGAUGAAUGCCUUGGAUCUGAGCCUGAAGACCAAAGAGAGGAUCGUGGAGGAAGCUAACAAGGCCUUUGAGUACAACAUGCAGAUAUUCGAUGAACUGGACCAGGCUAGCUCUGCGCUAGCCAGAGACACCGUGGAGGAUGGGUUCCCUGUGCAUGAUGGGAAGGGAGACAUUCGUAAAUGCCCCUUCUAUACUGGUCAGCAAGACACAGGUGCCCUGGAGGGCAACAGCUGCCCCUUCCAGACAGCCAUGACUGUGCUCAGGAAGCCCAGCCUCCAGUUAAUUCUGGCCACCAGUGUGGCCUUGGCUGCUGGACUCUUGGCCUGGUACUACAUGUGAAGGACCUGUUAUGAAGGACCUGUUAUGCCACGUGGCACCCUCCUCCCAUGGCAGCCCCUAUCUCCACUUCUUGACUAUCACCUCAGGUGACUUUAAAAUGCUGGGUUUGAGAAAACAGGCAACCAAUAAAGGCCAGAUGCUAGAGCCUCUGCCUAAUGGCAUCUUUUCUGCAGGCCAAAUGCAGGGUAGGGCAGGGCUGGCCUGAGCCUCUGAAUCAGCUCUGUUCCAAAGCUCUUGAAACUCUUGGGCCUCAGACACAUUCUCUACGUUCUUGACUUCACAGUAUGUGGGGAGCUAUCCUUGUCCUGUUGGGCGUGAACAGCCAGCAUGCAGAGGUUUGAGGGUUGGGGUUAUCUUGCCAAAUGAUACUGCUCAAUUUCUGGGCCUCUUAGGAACUUGGAGGCGGGCAGAAGCCAGGCUCCUCUACCUAUGAGAUCCUAGAAAUUCAUCCCUCUUAACUGGGACCCUCAAGAGAUCUACUAACCUGGGCUGUCUUCUCCUGACCUGUAUAAAUGCUACAACACUCAAUAAAAUGGUCUUUGCUC